ACAGGAAGGGCGGGUGCAGCGCGGAGCCGCGGCCGGUGAGGCGGUACCGGGGGGGGGCCGGGCAGCGACAUGCGGCUGGCGGCCCCCCUGCGCCUGGCGGCCGCUCUCGGACUCCUUUGGCUCCUGGGCUGGGUCCUGCUGGGGCCCCCCCACGCCCCCCCGACGCUGCAGCGCCUCCUGCUGGCCCGCCCUGAGACCCCCCCCACAGCAGCGCCCCGCCCCCCCCGCUUCAAGUGCGGGCUCCCCCGGCCCUGCCCCCCCGCCCAUUUCGCCUUCCGAUUGGUCAGCGGCGCCGCCAACGUCAUCGGGCCCAAGAUCUGCCUCGAGGACCGAGUGUUAAUGAGCAGCGUCAAGAACAACGUGGGCCGAGGCCUCAACAUUGCCCUGGUCAAUGGAGUCAAUGGGGAGCUCAUCGCCGCUCGCGCCUUCGACAUGUGGGCCGGGGACGUUGAGGAUCUGCUCAAGUUCCUGCGGCCGCUGCAUGAGGGGACAUUGGUGCUGGUGGCUUCGUAUGACGACCCCGCCACCAAGUUAACGGAGGAAUCCCGGCGCCUCUUUGGGGAGUUGGGCAGCGCCGUCGCCAUGGACUUGGCCUUUAGGGACAGUUGGGUCUUCCUGGGGGCCAAAGGGGUGCAGGAGCGAAGCCCCUUUGAGCAGGUGGGGCUCUAUGGGGCACUUAUGGGGCUGGGAAAGGGGGGGGUGUGUCACUUGGGGGGCUGCCCCAUAGCGCUGGUCUCAUCCCCACAGCACGUCCGGAACAGCCGCAGCUCCAACAAGUACGAGGGGUGGCCGGAGGCGCUGGAGCUCGAGGGCUGUGUCCCCCGCAGGGCCCCCGACCCACCGUGACCCAUAAGUGCCCCUCCUCCCCGGACCCAUAAGUGCCCUACUGGGACCCAUAAGUGGCUCCCCCCCUACUUGUGGGGGAGUGGGAGGGGUCUUGGUAUGUUCCCCCCCCAUCACCACUGUGUGGCCCCAGGGGGCAAAAUAAAGGCUGGGCCUGAA